CCCAGACGUCUCACUGACAUGCUCUCUCCUCAGGUGCGGGGGGCGUCUCAGAAACUGUCAGGGCGGCGUCGGGCCGUGGUCCUGACGGGUCGACACCAGGCGUCUGACACCGAGGUGCAGCUGUACCAGCAGGUGCUGCAGCAGCUGCACUACGACGUCCACACGUCCAGAUACACCGAGACCAGCAGCGUCCUUCAAACCAAUCAGGGUGUGAGUGGGUGGAGCCUGUUGCUGUGUCUCAGCAGCUCAGAGCGGAGUUGUCUAAGGAGAGUCUCGUUCUCACAUCUGCAGCGACAUCAGAGGGUGAACCUCAUCCCGGGUCUCAUGGACGCCUUCUCUGACGCAGGUGCAGGUCUAUGUCACAUGUUCACAUGGUCUCACCUGAAAGGAGUCGAUUUACCCCUGAGGCCGUACUCCUGUGGAUCAAACAAUCAGAAGCUGGGGAUGCCUCAGGACAGUCCGUCACCUGUUGGAGCUCCGCCUCCUGGUCUUGUUGCCAUGGUGAACAUUUAUGUUCUGGUGACAUCAGUAAGACCACUGACAUCGUUCCUGCAUGACGUCAUGGUGGUUGCGACCAAUCAGGAGCUGAGGGCACGCCCCCUGAAGCUCAGGGACUUUCUGCUGCAGGAGCUGGGACCAGCGAGCUCCCAUCAUGCUUUUGGGCAGAUGAAGCAGGUGAUAGGCGAAGUGCUGCAGGCAGCUGUGUCAACCAAUGAGAGGACAGAAAGAGUCAACAGGUGUGUGUUGUGUUACCAGCUGCUCACCUUCACUCUGAUGUUCAGCGGCUCCAUCACUCCGGUUGUCGUCCAGGUGGACACUGAUUUAACAUUUUCAGCUCUAAGGGACGAAACGUUUGACGGACAGGUCACCAAAGACCUGAUCCUGGAGGACACACUGCACUUCCUGUCACACACACACCUGUCGUCAGAGACAUACAGGAGACAGGACGGUGUCUGUGGAGGGUCAGAUGAUCUGUGUUUGUCAGAGGACGAGUUUCUUCUUCUUCUUCAGUUUCAGAGACAGAUGUCAGCGCCCUCUGCCUUUCAACUGCUCUUUCCCUCUUCUUCCUCUUCUUCCUCCUCCUCUUCAUCUCGUCCUCUGAGCGUCUCUGAUCACAUGGUUAGGAUCAGCUGUUACUACAACCUCCUCAGAAACAUCAGCUCCAGCGCAGACGCUUCGUCCAAUCAGGAGUCAGAUGUGAGCUCACUGGGCGGAGCUGCAGGUAAAGGUCGCUGCGGCAACCCCCACCUCCGACAAAUUUACACCGACCCCCCCCUCACCCUGACUCCGCCCUUCAGCCCCGGGGUGAAGGAGUAUUGUGCCGAGGUGACCUUUGACACGGUGACGGUUCGAAUCCGACCGAUGACCUUCAGCCCGUCCUGCGCGGUCCACCUGGACGAGCACCGAGGACCCAGGAUGGCGAACUACCCGGUUGGCCUCGGCAACAGCCGGAUCAGCAUCCUGGUGACGGACGACGCUGAGACGGAGCCCGUCGUCAUGACGAUUUACACCGUCCACUUGUUCCGUGAGAACCGACCCAGUCUGCCCAUGUUCGAAGAUCACAUGAUGUGCAGCUUCGUUCAGGACUGUGGUCUCCGAGUCCGGCCCGAUCGCUCCUGUGGUCUUCAGACGGCCGUCAUGUCCCAGAGGCCACGUCACAUCUGCACGUCAGGACACCAGCCAGGUCGGUGGGUGGUUCCAUGUCUUAGCUGUUCUGACAAUAGGACAUGUGAUUGGAGGAAGGUUGCCUGGCAACCAGAUGGCUGUUAUCACCGGGUGGUGGAGCGUCGCUUGCUGCAGGGCUGUAUGACAGACAGGAAGGUGUUGUUUAUCGGUGACUCAACCAAUCGCGGGAUGAUGUACUUCCUGAUGGAGCGGGUCAACUCCAGUCUGGACGACUGGGGCCAGGCUCACGACACGCUGGUCCACCGGGACCUGAACGCAGGUCAAACUCUGGUCAGCUACUCGUAUUAUCCUCAGUUCUGGUUGGAGAAGGAGGAGAGGCCCACGUUCAGGGAGGCGCUGCUGCAGCUGCUCCACAGGUCUCAACCUCUGGUGAACUCCAACCUGACGGUCCUGGUGGUGGGGGGAGUCCAGUGGCUCAAUACCAAUCACCUGUGGACAGUCAGUGAGGUGCUGGACAGGGAGGGUCUCAGUAACACCCUGGUGGUGGUGAAGACUUUGGGGAUGGGUUUCCAUCUUCCUGUGGAUGGGAUCAGAUCUCUCAGUCUGAGAGAAAUCCAAGAUCUCGACAGAGACAAUGAUAACAUCAUCGCCGCAGCGAAGCAUCAUGGGUACGAGGUGAUCGACACGUUCAGCAUCACGAUGGGUCGAUAUAAAGAGUUCCUUCAGGGACGAUGUGCCUGCCACUUUCACGAGGUGGAGAGGUUUCCUUCCUUUAGGCCUCCAGCUGACACAACGUCCAACAGAACCACAUCCAACAGAACGAGGCUCAGCAGCCAAUCAGCCGUGCAGGACACGGAGCAGGAGGCGGAGCCUGACACCUUCACCUAUCACGUUAGAGGACCAGUGAACCAGGUGUACUCCGAGAUCCUGCUGAGCCGCCUGUGUCCCGCAAACUGAACGUGUGUGUGUGUGUGUGUGUGUGUGUGUGUGUCUGUGUGUGUGAGACAGAGGAGUAAAAACAAAUGAAGAAGAACAUGUAUGAAACUUGUUCAUCUUGUUUUAUUUUGUGAUUUCAGCUAAAACAAACUGUAAAGAGUGAUUCCACGAAAACGUGUCUAAACAUCAUCAAUUCAUCAAACUGAAGAACCACAGAUAUUUUCUCACAUUUGUAAUACACAAUAAUUUUCUCAUCGUCAAAAAGAAGAAAAAAAUCGUCUGUUUACUGUGUGAGAACCAGUUACUUCUACUAUCGCUACUAGUUACAGCUAGUUAAUACUGCUAACUUCUGCCAACUCUGCUCGUCACAUCCUCGAUUGCUGCUAAUCGUAUAUGUUGAUAUAUCUGUUGAUAUAUAUGUGUUUAUAUCUGUUGAUAUAUCUGUUGUUAUAUCUUUGUGUGGUCCUGGCGACGUCAUACCUCCUUGUCAAGUGAUGUCACAAUUUUUUUUAAAUCACCUUGUUUCUAAAGGGCACAACUUGCUACUUUUAUUACAUAGUUGCAGUAAGUUUUGAUACACACUAACUAGUCCUGGUGUAUACUAGUUAGUUUACAAUGUAUAGGCGGCUGUGGCUGAGGGGUAGAGUGGUCGUCCUCCAACCUGAAGGUCGGCAGUUCAAUCCCCAGUCUGACCCAUCUGCAUGCCGAAGUGUCCUUGGGCAAGAUGCUGAACCCUGAAUGGCCCCCCAUAGAAAAAGUGCUGCGAAUAGAUGCACUGUAUGAAUAUGUGUGUGAAUGGGUGAAUGUAAAAAUGUACUGUAAAGCGCUUUAAGUGGUCAUCACGACUAGAAAAGCGCUAUAUAAAUACAAAACCAUUUACCAUAGUAUCUAGUUUAUGUUUUCCAAAGACUUCUAGGUCGGGUGAUUAGUAACUUGAUUUUCAUCUGUACUAACUAAAUGACGACGCAUACUAAUUAGUUAUGUUUCCUAACCAGCUGCUCUGUGUCUUUUAUUUCUUGUUUCAAACCAAAGAUGUAAA